AUGUCAAUGUUGACAAGGAAGGGAACAAUGGUUCGUAAAAACCGAGGGUCUAUAAAACGACAAUCGGUAAGGAGACAUGGGAGCGGAUCCAUAACAAGGAAAAAACAACAGCAAACAUCGGAAAUGCCAGAAUCUCCGCGUGUAAUUGCUGUAAAAAAACAAGAAUUUCAAUAUCCUCAGUCGUCGCCGACAAGAAGUGUUGCAAGCACUAUUGUUUCAUUUGACGAUGAAAAGCAAUUAUGUAAGACAUCAAUUGAUUGGAGAAAAAACAAAAAUUGUGAACAAGAGCCUCAAUAUGAAGCGAUUAUGAUACAACUCCAGGAAGCAAACAAAGAGGCAGAACAUACAUGUGAUUUCAUUUGUAGAAGUAGUAAAAUAAUGUGUCAUACAGUAUUUGUGACAGUAAUUGUUGGUUUAUCUAUGACCUUACCGAUAACCAUGAUGUCAGUAGGUGUGAAAUAUUUGAAUGAUUGUCCAAAGCAGAAGAAAGUCCCAGUCUACCUAUUAGUUGGUGGUUGCUUUGGAAUGUUAAAGGUGCUUGGAACAAUAUGGCGGAACAUACGAUACCGUCGCUAUGACGACAUGGAUAGCUUCUAUGAUGGCCAUGGAGGUGAUGGUGCCUUUGCAGCAAAAACAUAUCGCAUGAUGGAUAUGAUAAUAUCAACUUUCUUAUUGGCAUGGCUGAUAGCUGGUACAUAUUGGGUAUUUAAAAUAUGGGAGCCACAUUAUAAACAGUUGCUACAUGAACCAAGUAAUUGGUGUGACAAGCACGUGUACAUGUUUGCUGUAUAUCAGAUAAUUGGUUGCUAUGCCUUUCUAGCCUUUUUAUUAUUAACAGUGUGUGUAUUGGCUUCGUGUUACAAAUUUACAAAUGUGUUUGAUCAUUCAUGAUACCAGCGAAUUCAUACGUCUGCAUUUGUACUAUAUAUUUAUAGAAUUGCAUUAUGUUAUACAUGGUUGUGUCCAAUUUUACGCUUUAGUAAUUAGCGCAUAUUGUUAUUAUAUCAAAAACAAGAAUGUUUACUUCUUCCUCUGUAUUGAAACUUAUUUUUGCAA